CCGCGCUCGCUCCCGCGCGGGACUCGCAGCGAGGCCGAGCCCGGGCGGUGCUGGGAACAGCUGCCGCGGCGUCCUCCAGCAGCAAGCCCGGCUCUCCGCCGGGACCUGCGCCGGCGGGGGAGGGGCGGGCCGGGGAGGGAGAGCAGGCGGGCGGGAAGGGGCGGGGAGCGCGCUCCGGCGGCAACGGCGGCGGCCGUCCUCAUCCCGGCGGCCCAGCACACGAGUGGACGCGGGGAUUCGCAAAUGGCUUGUCCCGCUCUCGGUCUGGAAGCUCUUCAGCCCCUGCAGCCCGAGCCGCCCCCGGAGCCCGCCUUCUCCGAGGCGCAGAAGUGGAUCGAGCAAGUAACGGGCAGAAGCUUUGGUGAUAAAGAUUUUCGGACAGGGUUAGAAAAUGGAAUCCUUCUCUGCGAGUUGCUGAAUGCUAUAAAGCCAGGACUUGUUAAAAAGAUCAAUAGAUUGCCUACCCCCAUUGCAGGAUUGGACAAUAUCAUCUUAUUCUUGAGAGGUUGUAAAGAGCUGGGCCUUAAAGAAUCUCAACUUUUUGACCCUAGUGACCUGCAGGAUACAUCCAACAGAGCAACAGUCAAGAGCCUUGAUUAUAGUAGGAAGCUGAAAAAUGUAUUAGUUACCAUUUACUGGCUGGGAAAAGCAGCGAAUAGCUGUGCAUCCUACAGUGGAACGACACUGAACUUGAAGGAGUUCGAAGGCUUGCUGGCUCAGAUGAGAAAGGAGACUGAUGACAUUGAGAGUCCUAAACGUAGUAUCCGAGACAGUGGCUACAUCGACUGCUGGGAUUCCGAGCGCAGCGACUCUCUCUCUCCCCCUCGACACGGCAGAGAUGAUUCCUUCGACAGCCUGGAUUCCUUUGGCUCCCGUUCCCGGCAGACACCUUCGCCAGAUGUAGUCCUCAGGGGAAGCAGUGAUGGGAGAGGAAGUGACUCUGAAUCUGACUUGCCACAUCGGAAGCUGCCAGAUGUAAAGAAGGAUGACAUGUCUGCCAGGCGGACUUCCCAUGGUGAGCCGAAAUCAGCAGUGCCUUUUAACCAGUACCUCCCGAACAAAAGCAAUCAGACAGCCUAUGUCCCCGCUCCUCUGAGAAAGAAGAAAGCAGAGCGAGAAGAAUAUCGGAAGAGCUGGAGCACCGCCACCUCCCCCCUGGGUGGGGAGAGACCCUUCAGCUAUCCUGAAACAAUAGAGGAAGAGGGAAGUGAAGUGGGGUUUCCUUGUGAAGAGGACCCAGCCGGCCAAAUGGAUCCUUCUGAUGGUGGGAAGCCUUCCGAUGGUGGGUUAGAAUUACCCACCUGCAGUGGUAAGGAGCAGCCUCCUCCAGAGGGCGCUGCAGUGGCACCAGCUCCCAAGUCUGAAGUAAAAGAUGCUGCUGAAAUCCAAAAGCGCAGAAGGCUAGAGCAAGCUGGAAUCAAGGUCAUGCCAGCAGCACAGCGCUUUGCCAGUCAAAAGCAAUUAAGUGAUGAGAAAGAAGCUGUGCGCGAUAUUAUUCUUCGCAAAGAAAACCCUUUCCUAACCCACCAACAUGGCAAAGAUUCGGAGUCAGAAGAUGAAGUUGCCCAUCGACUGCCUGAUCUGGAGAAAGAUGACUUUGCUGCAAGGAGAGCAAGGAUGAACCAGACCAAGCCAAUGGUGCCACUGAAUCAACUCCUCUAUGGGCCUUACCGGAAAAAAGAGGCAGAGAAAUCAGAUAACAGCAAACAACUCUCGAAGGGAAUCUCAGAAAAGAAAAGUCUAGAAUAUAAAAGGAACCAGGGCCCAACAGAAGAGGUGAAGUCAAUGGUGACCUGUAUUAUGCGGGCUCAGGAGAGUGAACCUGAGGAAAAGGGACUCAGGAAGGUGCCGGAUAUUUACAAGGAUGACCUGGCACAGCGGAGAAUACAGGGCAGCCUGGCCUCUCACCGGGAGGCCCCAUGCUUUGUCAAGGUCUGCAAUAUAACAGCAGCUGACUUGGAGACGUGGGAGAGACUGAAGGUGUCAGGAAAGACGAGGGAUGGAGAUGUUGAGCACAUCUGUGCCCCUGAGCCUUCACCAGAAAUUAAAGCAGAAACUGCCAUCCGUGAUGACCUUGCCAGCCGCAAAGCGAGGGCCUAUAAGAAAGCUCCUGGCCCCAGGCAAAAGUUUGUGCACUUUGGACCAGUGACAGAGAUAGAUCAGCAGAAAUGGAAGCGACUCAGCAUUGGCAAGGCUGGGCCUAGGGAGGAUGUGGAAGUCACCAGUCCUAGCAGCAAGGUUCAAACCUACCCUGUGUCCUCUGCCUCCUCAGCCACAUCCAGCUCAGAGGAGGACCGAAUGCUUAAUCCACAAAAUGACUGCAGAACCGUGAAUUCUGGCAUAGAUGACUGUUGCAAAAGGGUCAUGGCUCCCGUGCUGGAGUCCCAGGAGGAACCUGUCUGCAGUUUGGGUGCGAGCCCUAAGAGGACAGAGGAAGUUACAUCCAAACAGCUGCCACAGGAUGGCAAAGAAGAGGAAGAACGAGUUGCUCAAAGAGAUUCUGAGAUGCCGCCAAAGGCUGAAAGAUCCGAGGAGAGCGGCCAGCCACUUUCGUGCCCUCUGGCCUCUGAUUGGGAGGCUUUAGGGAGACAAGAGAGCUCGGAGAAGAUGACAGCUCCUGCCGGGAGUGACAGUGGACUGGAAAACCAAAGAAAGUUGUAUGAUUCACAAAAAGAUGACAUGAUGGCCAGGAGAACUGGGAAAUCUCUCAGACAUAUUGGAUCCAACCCAAACCAGUUCCUUCCAGUUCCAUUUGCAAAGCAACAGGAUGUGGAAGAAUCUUCCAAGGGUCCACGGAAGAAAGAUAAGAGAUACGGUCCGAGAACUGCUGUGUCUGAUGACGCAGAGAGCACGAGUAUGUUUGACGUGCGGUGUGAGGAAGAGGCCGCAGUGCAGCCGCACAGCAGGGCCCGCCAGGAGCAGCUGCAGCUAAUAAAUAACCAGCUGCGGGAAGAGGACGACAAAUGGCAAGAUGACCUGGCUCGUUGGAAGAGCCGUAGAAGAAGUGCUUCUCAGGACUUAAUCAAGAAAGAGGAAGAAAGGAAAAAAAUGGAGAAGUUACUGGCUGGAGAGGAUGGGACAAGUGAACGAAGGAAAAGCAUCAAAACCUACAGAGAAAUUGUUCAAGAAAAGGAGCGGAGAGAGAGGGAAUUGCAUGAGGCGUAUAAGAACGCACGGUCCCAGGAGGAGGCAGAGGGAAUCCUUCAACAGUACAUAGAGAGGUUCACCAUCAGCGAGGCUGUUCUAGAACGCUUGGAGAUGCCAAAAAUCCUGGAAAGAAGCCAUUCAACAGAGCCAAACUUGUCCCCCUUCCUGACUGACCCCAGCCCCAUGAAAUACCUGCGGCAACAGUCACUGCCUCCACCCAAAUUCACUGCCACUGUGGAAACCACCAUCGCUCGUACCAGCGUCCUGGAUACCAGCAUAUCAGCAGGCAGUGGGUCUCCAAGCAAAACUGUCACUCCCAAAGCAGUGCCUAUGCUGACACCCAAGCCUUACUCCCAGCCCAAAAAUUCUCAAGAAGUUCUGAAGACCUUUAAGGUAGAUGGGAAAGUCAGCAUGAAUGGAGAAACUGUUCACGAUGAUGAGGAGGAGAAGGAAAGAGAGUGUCCCACGGUGACACUUGCCCCGUCGUUAACCAAAUCUCAGAUGUUUGAAGACGUGGCCAGAGUGCAUGGGUCCCCAGUGGAGUUGAAACAAGACAACAAUAGCAUUGAGAUCAACAUAAAGAAGCCAAAUUUUGUUCCCCAAGAACCAACAGCAACCACUGAGGAAACUGAACCAAACAGUCAAGAAGAUGAGAAUGAUGGUGAAAAACCAGAAAAAGGGAAUACGGAACUUGCCUCAUCAGAGCCACAGCAUUUUACAACAACGGUGACUCGAUCCAGCCCGACCGUGGCCCUUGUGGAGUUCUCCUCCAGCCCCACGCUGAAGAAUGAUGUGCCAGAAGAAAAAGACCAUAAGAAACCAGAUAAUGAAAUGAGUGGAAAGGUGGAGUUGGUGCUGUCACAAAAGGUGGUAAAGCCAAAAUCUCCAGAACCAGAAGCAACCCUGACGUUUCCAUUUCUGGACAAAAUGCCUGAAACCAACCAGUCACAUUUGCCAAAUCUCAAUUCUCAAGUGGAUUCUCCAAGCAGUGAAAAGUCACCUGUAACCACACCUUUUAAGUUCUGGGCGUGGGACCCGGAAGAGGAGCGCCGGCGACAGGAAAAAUGGCAACAGGAGCAGGAACGUUUGCUCCAGGAGAGAUACCAGAAGGAGCAGGACAAGCUGAAAGAAGAGUGGGAAAAGGCCCAAAAGGAGGUGGAAGAGGAAGAACGCAGAUACUAUGAGGAGGAACGUAAAAUAAUUGAAGACACUGUGGUUCCAUUUACUAUUUCUUCAAGUUCUGCAGACCAGCUGUCUACAUCCUCCUCUGUGACUGAGGGCAGUGGAACAGUGAAUAAGAUGGACCUGGAAAACUGUCGAGAAGAACAAGAGACAAGACAAAAGAAACCAUUCCAGGGGGACAACAAUGACUUAUUGGUUAAGACUAGGGAAAGUGAUCCACUGGAGGAAAAGGGCAGCCUAACUCCUGAGGCCUUGACUGAUUCUGAGAACCCUGUAUCAAAAAGAACCCAUCAGGAUGGUCAGCUGGAUAACGAAGCCGGGGCCCCACAUGGUGGGAUGAACCCACAGCUAGUUCAGGAUCCACCCCAGAAUCAGCAGGUAUCAAACCCAACAAUGAACAUUUUAGAAGAUGUGAAGCCAAAAACCCUCCCAUUGGAUAAAAGCAUUAACCAUCAGCUUGAAUCUCCGAGUGAAAGGCGGAAGAAAAGCCCUCGAGAGAACUUCCAGGCGGGGCACUUGUCCUCCUGCCCUCCCACCCCUCCUGGCCAGUCACCAAACAGGUCUAUAAGUGGGAAGAAGCUGUGCUCUUCCUGUGGGCUUCCUUUGGGGAAAGGAGCUGCCAUGAUUAUCGAGACCCUCAAUCUCUAUUUUCACAUCCAGUGCUUUAAGUGUGGGAUUUGUAAAGGACAGCUUGGAGAUGCAGUGAGUGGAACGGAUGUUAGGAUUCGAAAUGGUCUUCUAAACUGUAAUGAAUGCUACAUGCGAUCCCGAAGUGCUGGCCAACCCACAACAUUGUGACGUGGUUUCCAAGCUUCCAGGUCACUCACCAUUUAUUAAUAGUGUCCCCUGGCAAUUGUUUAACAGAAUCCGAGGUUCAGGGGUUCCUCAGCAUUCAUCUAACUUCUGAAAGGCUAUUCUAAAAGAUGGUAUCUGUUCUUUUGUAGCACAGUGUUUGUGUUUUUCCUGUUUUUUUGUUUGUUUGUUCUUUAGGGGUUUUAUUUUGUUUGUUUUGUUUUUGCAUUUGCACAGUAUAUACAAAAGAAUAUUGAAUUGUAAUGAUUCUAAAUAGUUCAAAGAAAGGUCUCAGCAUGGUCAAACAGGCUUAUGGUUUAAAAUAUGCUAUUCUCUUCUUUGAGAAUUAAUGAGAUACAUGAUUCAAUAAACCUGUUUUGUUUUAGUAUUUCUAGGAAUUAAACACUUUAUGUUUACAAAAUUGAGCUGCAGAAAGUGCAAGACAUGCCAAUUUGAGAUAUGUGGUCUUCUAAGACAGGAGCAUACAAUUAAUGCAUUUCAGAAACUAAAAAUCACAUCAUAUAGCUCUGAGCUAUACCUUGUUUUUAAUGCAAAGACAUUAGUCUGAGAAAUAUAUACUGUAAUCCUGAAAUAUUUGUGUUACUUACCUUUUGAGGUAGAAGUCAUACCAAUAAAUUAUUGCACCAUUAGUAUUAGGUUUUGUGUACUUCCAAAGUCAUGUCAUUAACAGAGGCUCUUCCAUCAAAUAAAGAGAACCCUUGCAAUUAUUAGCUAGACUUACACUCUGUGACGUUGCCCAAGGGUGGGAAGAAACCAGAGGGGAAUAUUUAAGUCAUCAUUUCCCAAGUUAUUACCAAAAUCUGUGAGGAAGUUUAAUCCUCAGAAGAGUGGUGGGUCACUGCUGGCAGUAAGGGCUUUGUUGCUUGCUUCUCUUAAGGCUCUAGAUUCAAUAAGAGACUCCAUAUAAGGCAGAUGGAAGCUGUCGUCAAGAUAAGUCCAUCAUGAGGUGAGACCACUGCUCACCCUUGCCUGCAAGUUCUCUUUGAGGGCCUGAAGCACAGUUAUCUAAAGAAAAGCACUCAGUUCAUCCUAAUAGAAUCUAAAUGACAUAUGAUGUGAUAUGCCACUGGCGUGUGAUCAGCAAGAACCCACAGGUCACAUAUGCCCUGCCCACUCUAACCGAAGAUCUGCUUCUCUUCAUUCUCUGGCAUCGCCCACCAACUCUCUUCCUACCGAGAAUCCUGGACCUUGCUCAUGGAGACGUUUAGCAAGGAACUCCUAUGGAGAGCUGGUUAAUUUGUGCCCUGUGUGAUAAGUUUCAGCUGGCCAAGAAAGGAAUCAAGUUACUAAAAAACAUCAACUUUUAAAUCUCCAGGUUGUUUUCUUUAAGACUGGGGAGAGAGGAACUAUUUAUUCUGCCUUAAAAUGACGGCAAAUAAGUGAAGAUGACAUUUUGUGAAUGUAGACUAUGGAUAUCCUCCUAAUAGGUUAAUGUAGUCAUAAAAGGAGAUCAAGUAGAUGUUUUUCUGUUAUGUAAGCAAUAAUUCUUUUUCUGUGUCUUACUGAGUAUGGCUAGCAAUUAUUUAUUUACAUGCUAGAUGGUUCUCUGCAUGUGGGUUCCAUGUGAGUGCAGAAAUUUCCUCAGCCACUGGAGGUAUUUUGACCAUUUUGUCAUUUGGAUGAGCUAUUGUUAGAUUGAAAUUUAUACAUCAUUUCAUUAAAAAUUGUGCCUUAGAAGAUGCGAAGCUGUUGCACACAGUCCGUGAUGAAUUAUGGAUGCAGUACAUUGAAGAAGGAUGAAGUCACUUCCAAGUUCCCAAGACUUCUCAUGGAGCUGUUUUCUGUUUUACAGUGGGGAAAAAACUGAAAAAAGGAAAAGAAAAACAAAAAAAUUCAAAAGAAAAACAUUUUGAAAAUGUACAGAUUAAGUUCAAUAUUUUGAUUAACCACCUGCAUGUUUUAUUAAAUAUUUUGAUAAUGUGGAUGUUUACACUUUGCAUGAUAUUAGCAGAGUACUUUACCAGAAAUAAUGCACAAAACAUGUACAAUAUGAUCAUUCAUAACCGAUUUUUAUAGAAUACUUUUUACAUGUGGAACUCCAUCUGUUAUGUGAGGAUUAUAUGAAUAUUGCACAUUCUCUUCUGGUUUCACAAACCCAUUUAUACAUAUUUCUUAGUGAGACUCAUUGUACAUGGAUUGAAGCUAGAAUCGAGUCAAAAAAAAUAAAGCCCAUUCUCCAACUGCGAAAUGUGCUUUCCCAUAAUGAACAAUAGUCACCAGCCCAAUAAUCUCCAACAUUUUCUAAAUUCUAAUUGCCAACUGUUUCUAUUUAUAUUUGAUUUAUAUUUCAUUUAGAGUCUGUUACAUGGCAGCUCGGGCAGACUAGAUCUUGUUUUUUCCAAUGCAGCAUAAUGAGUAUGAUCUAUUUCUUUUCAAAUCAUCUUUGAGAUCCCAGGGAAAAAAAAUGCUCUACUGUGUUGAGCUACAAUGUAAAUGUGUUUGCUUAAAAAACAGAUGAGGCAAGUGAGUGAUUUAUUGUUCCUGAGGAAGUAUAUCUGGUUUUUUUCCUCAUACUCCAAAAAAGCUACUCCCUUCUCUUUCUUAAGAAAAAAAUGGGUAACUCUGUUUUUCACUAGCAAACUUUCAUGACAUUUCCUCAUUCUUUCUAUGUAGUGUUAUUAAUGCAAUAAUAUUAUAGUUAUCUAUACACAGUGUAGGAGACUUAACAAACUGAAAUGAUCCACCUCAUAUGUGAGUCCGUCCAAAAAAUGUUACUGUGCUGGGUGGGCCAAUGUUCUAUAUCAGUUACACUAACCUUCAUUUAAAAUAUUUAUUCUAAAAUGCCUCUGAGAAAUAGUAAAAAAAUAAAUUGUCUAAAAUGCAACAGCUUUUAUAGUAAAUGUACAUUUAUAAAUAAAAUACUCAAAUCAA